UUAUAAUAAAAAACAGGUGCUGAAGGCCAUGCGAGAAUCUGAUUCAAAGAAACCUGCAAUUUUUGCCAUGUCAAAUCCCACCUUGAAUGCUGAAUGUACUGCUGCCGAUGCAUUUAACCAUGCUGGUGAAAACAAAAUCUUUGCAAGUGGAAGCCCUUUUCAAAAUGUUGAUCUACGCAAUGGUAAAGUAGGUCAUGUAAAUCAAGCAAAUAACAUGUACCUGUUCCCUGGGAUUGGUCUAGGAACUCUGCUCUCAGGUGCACGUUUUAUAACAGAUGGAAUGUUGCAAGCAGCUGCUGAAUGGUAUGGAUAGAACUUCCUCUGUGUGUGUGUGUGAUGCUGGAGGACUAUUAUGGACACUGAAAAUGCAUUAGAAAAAUAAUGUUCAAAUUUCAUUGGGUCCAACUAGCUUUUGUGAAGCUUAGCACUGAAUCCUGAUUGUAAUGGUUGUGAACUAAUGACAACAUGUAACAUAUUUUAGUGAGGACGCAACUCAGGAUAAGCUAAAUUUGACUGCGUCCAUGUCUAUAUAUUUUUGAGUUUCUAGUUAAUUGAAUCAUUGAGAGAGCUAAUUGGUACUGCAUAUAUUGGAUUAACUUCAUUCUGUUGAUUUAUUGUAAUGGGAUGUUAUACUAUGCAUAUGGUUACCGGGUUUUAUUUUACUGGGUGAUUGAUUAGUGUAUAAAAGUUCUCAAUGAGCUAGUGUUUAUGUUUCUAUCUUUUUUUAACCUAUGAUAUGAGGUGACAGGAGAUCUGUUUCAUUAACAUAUGUUGGUAAUGUGAUGCUAUCUUUGCAGUCUUGCAUCUUAUAUGACAGAUGAAGAGAUUCAAAAGGGCAUCUUGUACCCAUCUAUCGAUAGUAUUCGGCAUAUUACAGUAGAGGUUGGAGCAGCUGUUCUGCGAGCAGCUGUUAGUGAAGAAUUGGCAGAAGGGCAUGGUGAUGUGGGUGCCAGGGAGCUCAUGCACAUGUCAAAAGAGGAGACAGUUGAUUACAUCACGCGCAAUAUGUGGUACCCUGUUUACAGUCCUCUUGUUCACGAGAAGUAGGCGAACAAUUAUUUGAUUCCAUUUUAGAGGCUAGUUAUGGUUAAUUCUAUGUGAACUGCAGUCACAAGUUGUGCAGGCAAAGUGCAAAUUCAUUUUAGCCAUUGCUCUCUAUCAUAUUUUCAAGAGAGACGAAUAAAGGAGAUCCAUCAAGGCUCUUUCCAAUUCAGAAGCUGUAGAAAAGCUCAAAGAAUCAGGACCGUAUUCUACUCUAUGAGUUAUAAUCAUCACUUAAAAACUUCAUAAUACCUAUCAAGUCAUUGUUUUGUUGGAAACAUUGAAAUUGAUAAUCAUUUCUAGGCCGGCAUGAAUUGAUUAUUUG